GUUUAGACUGGAGGAAAUACUCGCGAUUCGUUGCUAAAUUUCCUCGCUGGCGCGUGGAAAUUUGUGCCCGUGUCCAGUUUUGCGAAGUUGUUUCAAAAAUUUCAGAUAAGUUGGGAGGUUUAACUCAAGAUGACGCAGAAAAUGCGACCGCUGGUGGAGUCUUCCGAUGAAGGUGAUAAUAGCGAUAACGAGCUACACCGUCCCUCCGCAAACGGCGAUCUAUCCAUCAACUUGGCGCCGGACGGCGAUGACAGCGCCCUCCAGAAUGGUCCAGUUUUCAGCUUGAAACGACGGAAAGGGGGCCAGUCGCAGUAUGAGAGCCUGGACUACGACGUCUGUGAGAAUGUACUAUGGACCCAGGAGAACCGUAAGAUCGAACAACGCACCACCGUGCGGAAGGACUUUGCCCGGUGGAUCAUCUCGAUGCAGAUCGGUAUCGGGACCGCGCUGGUGGCCUGCGGGAUCAAUAUCGUGAUCGAUCAGUUAUCCUUUCUGAAGUAUUCGUUCCUGAAGCGACAGGUCGAUCAGAACGUGCAGAACGGUGAUCUCAGCAUUCCAUACCUGUACUGGGUGCUGACCAAUGUGGUUCCGGUGAUGAUCGGGGCCACGUUGGUGGCCUAUGUAGAACCGGUGGCGGCCGGUAGUGGAAUUCCGCAGGUCAAAUGCUACUUAAACGGCGUUAAGAUUCCGCGGAUUGUGAGGAUCAAAACGUUGGCUGUGAAGGCGGUCGGUGUGGUUGCUUCCGUAGUUGGUGGACUGGCGGGUGGUAAGGAAGGGCCGAUGAUUCACAGCGGUGCAGUGAUUGCGGCUGGACUUUCCCAAGGAAAAAGUACAACGUUCCGAAGGGAUUUGAAGGUGUUUGAAUAUUUUCGCGAUGAUCACGAGAAGCGAGAUUUUGUAGUCGGAGGAGCGGCAGCGGGUGUGGCAGCGGCCUUCGGUGCGCCAAUCGGAGGUAUUCUCUUUUCUCUGGAGGAGGCGGCUAGUUUCUGGAAUCAAGCCUUGAUUUGGAGGACGUUUUUCGCUUCCAUCAUUAGCUCAUUCACGUUGAACAUCGUGCUCUCUGCAUACCAUGGGCUGAGUAGCUUCCGGUACCGAGGUUUGUUCAAUCUGGGCGAAUUUGAACCGUUGCCUUUCGAAUACUACGAACUUCCGAUCUUCAUCCUGAUGGGUGUGUUUGGUGGAAUGUCCGGAGCGUUUUGGAACAGUAUCAACAACCGGAUGAACAUCUUUCGUGCCCGCUUCAUCAAGUACCGAUGGGCCAGGGUGGUGGAGGCUGCUUUCGUGGCGGCCCUAGGAGCUACCUUUGCUUGUGCAAUGGCCUAUUCGAUCAACGAUUGCCGACCGCUUGGAAACGAUCCGACGGAGACUCCGGUACAGCUGUUCUGCGAAGAUAACGAAUACAAUGCGGCUGCCGCGCUGUGGUUCCAAACUCCGGAGGCAACCGUCAAGGCACUGUUCCACGAUCCUCCCGGAUCGCACAAGAUACUGACGCUGGCUGUGUUUGUCCUGAUCUACUAUCCGUUGUCCUUCGUGACCUAUGGCUUGAGUGUUUCGCUGGGAAUUUUCAUCCCGACGCUGCUCGUCGGAGCGGCCUGGGGACGGUUGACCGCUUCCUUUAUGGUGCUGGCAUUCCCGGGCUCAAGUAUCUUUGUCAAUCCGGGUAAGUAUGCUCUGAUCGGAGCGGCUGCCCAGUUGGGCGGUGUCGUUCGAAUGACACUAAGUUUGAGUGUAAUCCUGCUGGAAACUACGGGAAACAUCGCAUUCGUUCUGCCGAUAAUUCUCACGCUGAUGGCGGCCAAGUGGAGCGGAGAUUACUUCAACGAGGGCGUUUACGAUAACCAAAUCAAAUCGUCCAAGGUUCCGAUGUUGCCGUGGCACGUGGACCCCGCCCUGCAGCAGAACAUUGCCAACGAUAUUAUGAACCAGCCGGUGGUUUGCGUGCGGCGGAUGGAGAAGGUGAACUACAUCAUCGACAUCCUGAAGAAUACCACCCACAAUGGAUUCCCGGUUAUUGAGGACGAUGAAAAUGGAAAUCGUGAAAACGGCAAACUGAUCGGUUUGAUCUUACGAUCGCAGCUGGUGGUAAUUCUAAUGAAAAGCUUGUACAUUGAAACCAAUCGGUAUUGGAAGGAUCUCGUAUCGAUCCAACUGUUCAGAAAGGAAUAUCCGCGUUAUCCCACCAUUGAGGAUCUGAAAAUCAGCGAGGACAAAACCCUCCGUAACUACACCGUCGAUAUGAGCCUCUUCAUGAACCCGUCGCCGUACAGCGUCAACCUGAAGACUUCGGUUCCGCGCAUCUUUCAGCUAUUCCGGGCAUUGGGCUUGCGGCACUUGGUAGUGAUAACGCGGGAGAAUCGUAUUCGCGGCAUCAUCACACGGAAGGACUUCCUUCGGGAGCUGUGAUUGAGUGUGUGACCCCCCACUGGGUAGGAGAAUGUGAUUCUCACUUGUCAUUAAGUCGUUUUAGUGUUUUGAGAGUUGAAUCAUGGCAUCUAUUUGUCCCCAAUGUUGCUUAAGACUGGUUUAAGUGUUAUCCUAAAUGAUGUGCCGAUUGACGCGCGGAUCGCGAAGUUUGCUAUAUUUUACGAAUAAUUACGAGAUUGAAUUCGAAUCGAUUCGUUUUAUGGAAUCAACAGAAGUGAAAAUAAAUAAGAA